CCGUGGGAGCGGCGCCUCCGGCAAGCCCCGCCCGCCCGCCGGGCUUCCGCGUUCAGCAGGGCGGCUUCCGGAAGGCGGAGCUCCAACCGCAUUUCCUUCCUCUGGGCCAGAGCUGGCUCUGGCCCUGCUGCACCUGCGCGUGGUCCUGGCUUCCCGGAUCCCUGCAGCAGCGGCAUGGGCGGCGCGCGGGACGUGGGCUGGGUGGCGGCGGGGCUGGUCCUCGGCGCCGGCGCCUGCUACUGCAUCUACCGGCUGACUCGGGGCCCGCGGCGAGGCGGGCGCCGGCUGCGCCCCUCGCAGUCUGCAGAAGACUUAACUGAUGGUUCCUAUGAUGAGAUCUUAAAUGCUGAACAACUUGAAAAACUUCUAUACCUGCUGGAGUCAACCAAUGAUCCUAUAAUUGUUGAAAAAGCCUUGGUCACCCUGGGUAAUAAUGCAGCCUUCUCAGCUAAUCAAGCCAUUAUUCGUGAGUUGGGUGGUAUCCCAAUUGUUGGAAACAAAAUCAACUCUCUGAACCACAGUAUUAAAGAGAAAGCUUUAAAUGCACUAAAUAACCUGAGUGUGAAUGUUGAAAAUCAAAUCAAGAUAAAGGUGUAUGUCCAGCGAGUCUGUGAGGAUGUCUUUGCGGAUCCCUUGAACUCUGCUGUGCAGCUGGCUGGACUGAGGUUGCUUACAAACAUGACCGUCACCAAUGACUACCAGCACCUGCUCAGCAGCUACAUCGCAGGCCUGCUCCACCUGCUACUUAUUGGCAAUGGAAGCACCAAGGUGCAGGUUUUGAAGCUGCUUUUGAACUUGUCGGAGAAUCCAGCCAUGACAGAAGGACUACUGAGUGCCCAAGUGGAUUCUUCAUUUCUUUCCCUUUAUGAUGGGCAAAUAGCAAAGGAGAUUCUUCUUCGGGCGCUUACACUGUUUCAGAAUAUAAACAAUUGCCUCAGAGUAGAAGGCUGCCUAGCUAGUCAGCCUCCUUUCGCUAAGGGGUCAUUGUUCUCCCUGUUGUAUGGAGAAGACUGUGCCCAGAAAAUGAGAGCUCUAGUUUAUCACCAUGAUGUGGAUGUCAAAGAGAAGGUUUUAGCAAUAAUGCCCAAAUUCUGAUGGGUUGCUCCUACUUUUUCUAAGAGUAAUGCAGUCAUAAGUCAGCACACAGGAACUUAUUUUCUACCUUCCUUUCAAAGGAUUGUUUCAGCUGGUGGAGUUAAACAAUAAAAGUUGUAUUUUGUUUUUAACACAGAUCAGGGUGACCAGCUCUACUCCAAGAUGAUUUUCAAAAUUUGGGAUUUUUUUUUUCUUGUGAGACAGAGUUUCUCUGUAUAGCCCUU